AUGACGCGCUCGCGCGCGCUCGUCGCGACGCGCGUGACGACGCGAAGAGGGACGGCGACGACGCGACGCGCGCGCGCGACGCGCCCGAAGAUCGAAAGCCUCGGUGGGUUCGGGCCGAACAUCGACGCGAAGGAGAUUCAACGACGCAUGGCGGAGAAGCAGCGAAAGAUCGACGAGAACAAGCGCAAGGCGCGGGGCGCGAAGGAGGCGUCGACCGCGUUCGGGGCGCGAAGGGAGUUUCAGAGGACGAUCUCGAGCGCGAGACCGUCGCGCGCGGGACGGACGAUGCCGGGGGGCGGCGUCGCCGCGGGGACGACGUCGAGCAAGACGAAGACGACGAGCGGGAAGGGCGGGAAGGGCGGGAAGGAGGAGGCGCCGAAGAAGAAACUGUUCGGAUUGUUUUGA